CUACAAUUUUGAUUGGAGGUUAUCCUACUAGUAAUAUUCCAGAAAAUGAAGGACUUAAUACUGAUAACUCACAUGAACUACAUAGCCUAUAUGAGUCUGACGAUGAUGGCACUUCUAAGAGAAGGUAUCCAGAGUUCAAUGAGAGUGUUGACAUGGAGAAACUAAAGUUGGUUGUAGGAAUGUUAUUCAAAGAUAGGGAAUUAUUGAAACAAGCUAUUAAACAAGAAGCAAGGAUGAAUAGGGUGGAAGUUAAGUUUGAAAAGAAUGAUAAGAAAAGGGUUAAGGCAAUUUGUAAGGAAGAGAAUUGUCCUUGGGAAAUGCGGGCAUCACUCGCUGAUUGUAAGGCAGACCAAGACACAACUUGGCAGAUCAAGACUUUGAAAUAUGGGCAUAAUUGUGGGAAAAAGACAGAGAAUAAAAACUUCUCUGCACAAUGGCUAGCAGAACAUUAUUUGGACAAUUUUAAAAUUGAUCCAAACUGGGCACCAUGUGCACUGCAAGCUCAAGCUGUUACAGAAACGGGCUGGAAGUUCCAAGAGACAAUUCUUGCUCGUGGAGGUGGGAAAGCACCACUAGAGGUUAGUCAAUGCAGACUUUAUGAUGAGCUGUAGCCAGCUUUCUCUUUUUUCGUUGAUUUGUUUAUUAGAAACAUUAUGUAACACGUAUUCGUUACGUUACGUUGUGACUUUUGACAUCAUUAUUUCUUUUCUGUUGAAUGAAAAUGUGUUAAGCGA